AGCGGGCUGUGUGGAGGGGUCCAGUCUGCUCUGUUAUUGUUGCUGCUCUCCGUGGUGGUGGAAGGGAGGGGGUCUGGGCAAAUGGUUAUGAGCCUUCGUGUUUCUGAGCUGCAAGUACUUCUAGGAUACGCAGGACGCAACAAGCACGGGCGCAAACACGAACUCUUGACCAAAGCUCUGCACUUGUUAAAGGCCGGCUGCAGUCCAGCUGUACAGAUGAAAAUCAAGGAGCUGUACCGGCGGAGAUUUCCACUCAAAAUUCUCACCCCUGCAGACUUUUCUUUAUCCGGCGUGCACUCCAGCACCAUGCCAGCCAAUAUGUCUCCAUCCUCCAUUCCUCAGCUUUCAUACGACGGUCACCCUGCUUCUUCACCACUACUUCCAGUCUCCCUUCUUGGGCCCAAACAUGAACUGGAUCUCCCACACCUCACCUCCAGCCUCCACCCUGUCCAUCCGGACAUCAAACUGCAGAAACUGCCCUUUUAUGACCUGCUGGACGAACUCAUAAAACCCACAAGUUUAGCCUCCGAUAACAGCCAGCGAUUUCAAGAAACAUGCUUUGCAUUUGCAUUAACGCCACAACAAGUCCAGCAAAUCAGCAGCUCCAUGGACAUCUCUGGAACAAAAUGUGACUUCACAGUUCAAGUGCAGCUUAGAUUCUGUCUUUCAGAAACUAGCUGCCCUCAAGAAGACCAUUUCCCACCAAACCUGUGUGUUAAAAUCAAUGGAAAACCCUGCAAUCUGCCAGGUUAUCUUCCGCCAACCAAAAAUGGGGUUGAACCAAAGCGACCAAGCCGACCAAUCAACAUUACCUCACUUGUACGUCUCUCUACAACCGUUCCUAACACCAUUGUAGUGUCAUGGACAGCUGAAAUUGGACGUAAUUUUUCACUGGCUGUAUACCUGGUUAAGCAGUUGUCGUCAUCUAUUUUAUUUCAACGACUCAGAGCGAAAGGAAUCCGCAAUCCAGACCAUUCCAGAGCACUCAUCAAAGAAAAGCUCACAGCAGAUCCCGACAGUGAAAUUGCAACCACAAGUUUACGGGUUUCACUGCUGUGUCCGCUGGGAAAGAUGCGCCUGGCCAUCCCUUGCCGAUCGCUUACCUGCUCCCACCUCCAAUGUUUUGAUGCCACGUUGUACAUACAGAUGAAUGAGAAGAAGCCUACGUGGGUGUGUCCUGUGUGUGACAAGAAGGCACCGUAUGAGCAUCUAAUCAUUGAUGGCCUGUUCAUGGAGAUCCUAAAGUGCUGCACAGACUGUGAUGAGAUCCAGUUCAAAGAAGAUGGUUCCUGGUCGCCCAUGCGGUCAAAGAAAGAAGUGCAGGAAGUCACCACCUCCCUUAAUGGAGUAGAUAGCGGGUGUAUCAGCAGUACAGUAGAGCACCAGGUGUCCCCUAGCCAGCCUUCCAAUAAAAGCAAGAAGGUUGAGGUUAUUGACCUGACGAUAGACAGCUCUUCAGACGAAGAGGAGGAAGAACCAUGCGCUAAGAGGAGCUGCCCUUCUAUUACGCCCGCUUCACCAUUAAAUAACAAAGGUAUGAUGAGUCUGCCACACCAGACAUCUCCUAUAUCUCGAACACCUAGUCUGCCAGCUGUGGACUCCACGUAUAUUAAUACCCCCCUACUUCAGGACUACAGGCAUCCCUUCCAUAUGACACCAAUGCCAUACGACCUGCAAGGAUUGGAUUUCUUCCCAUUCUUGUCUGGAGAAAAUCAACAUUACAACACCUCCCUUUUGGCUGCCGCAGCAGCUGCUGCCUCUGAAGAACCGGACCUGCUUCAUUCGUCACGGUUUUUCCCAUAUGCGACCUCCCAGCUCUUCCUGGACCAGCUCAGUGCAGGGGUGAGCGCCUCUCUCCCAGCAACCAAUGGCAGUAACAGUGGCAGUAACAGCAGUUUGGUGUCCUCGAACAGCCUGCGGGAGAGCCACAGUGCAGCAAGCAGAGGACCAGCAGACAGCUCUUCUCUCUACGGCAUAAUCCCAGAUGUUAUCUCUUUGGACUGAUUAUUUUACAGAUGAGCACACUCGGAGGGGAUUCAAACCCCCCUCGUUUGUUGCCCAAUUCCUUUAUUUUUUUUCUUUUAUUUUAUUUUUUAAAAGGAAAUGUUUAACAAAACAAAAAGAACAUGUACAGAGAACAGAACUAUAUUUUCAGUUUUACUUUUGUAUAUAAGCCGAAAACUUUACUCAUCCCCCUACCCUACCAGAAACUGAAUUAUGGACCCACCAUUUCCCCUGCCCCAAAUAUCUUUUGCUUUUCCAACUGGAUCCUAGAGACCGACGCUUGUCCUGGAGCCCUCCUCUGACGCAGUUGGUUCCUACUUGUAUUCUUCUGCUCCACAGCAUUACCCGCUCCUGAACCAUAGAUCAGACACACAGUAUUGGUUUGGUUGUCCCUGUGCGAGUCGGAUGCCUGCAUCAAUCAUUCUGGAACAAUCUCCUCUUCUGAAUCAAAGCUGCAGUGAUCACUUGUUUAGUUUAUUUUCUGCACAUGUAUCUUGUAUUUAUUGGAUCUUGUCGAAGUCUUUAGCAGUACAAAUGAGAAUCCUAACAAGGCCUUUCUUCUAGGCGGUAUUACAAGGCCUUGGAUUUGGGUGAAAGUCAUCUUAAUGGUGUUUGCUGCCAAAAGAACUCUGCAAAACAAAGCGCUUCUGUUCCCAUCAGCGGUGGGAGCCGACCGAAGGCUCUAAGUUACAAUUCUCUAAAUUAAGCUAUCCAUCUGAAGAAAGAGGGGGGAAAAAAAAAAAACACAAGCCUUUUCCACUGUGUGUGCUGUUGGCUUUUCACUAAACCUGGGCUAGAAUUGCACAGAUGUUGAUAACUUUGCUUAUCCCAAUACUACUGUUGCAUUAUUAUUUUCCUAGCAGGUCCAUCGUUGCAGAUGGUGCUCAUAUAAAACAGGGUCCUGUGGAUGUGUUAAAGGGGUGAGAUCUAUGGUGCAGAAGAAGUAAUAUGGCCGACAUCUGUAUUAAAUCCCACAGAUAGGCAUUAUUAAUCCGGGCACCUGUGUUCAGCUCCCCGUAAGGCUGGGCUCACACAGCAUGCUUGUGGUGAUAAACCUGCCAUUGUGCUUUGUGAACCCAGAGUGUUGAGCGUCCGCCGUUCAUGAAUUGUUGCUAGAGUGCAUCUACCUUUGGAAGUUCCCAAGAUUUAAAGGGUUGUGCAAGAAUUGGGGGGACCCGCAAAGGGAAGAUGACUUGCCUGCUUCCCAGUGCUGGCUCCCCACUCCUUCUCCUGCAGGCCUGGGCUCCAGCAAUCACUGGCCGCGGCGGCGUCCCACUUACCUUGUGUCCAUCUGACCAUUUGUCAUUAUGCAAGGGAAGCCGGACACCUCUUCCUUUUGUAAGUCCGGCAAAAUGGACAAAAUGGUUCUUGCACAACCCCUUUUAAGGAAUUGAUUUUUAUAAGGAAUUUACUUUUGUAUAGUAUACCCCUAUAAGUCAAACUGGCUAGUUAGAUCAGGUUGUAAAUUAGUGAAUCAUUAAAGUUUUUUUUGAAACUUGAGAAAAGGUCUGCUUCCCACCCCCAAAAAGAGUGCCACUGUUUUCCAUGGGCUGUGUCUGGUACUGCAGCUCAGCCACAUUCUGGACUCUGUUGCAAUACCGGACUCCGCCUGUGGACAAGAGCGGCACUCUUUACAAGGGAAAGAAAAUACUUUUUCUUUAGGAUUCAUGUCCAAUUAUUUUUUUUUUUUUUAAUGGACAGAUUCUUUUGCUGUGGGGUAGGGUUCUAUUUAAGUUGUACUUUUGCUUUAAAGGGGCUUUCUAACCUCAGCUAUUGGUGGCUUAUUGCUAGGAUAUGCCACAAAUGUCAUAUUCGUGUGGGUCCUACUUCUAGGAUGAGACCCCUGAAGUGAACAGGGGGCAGCCACGCAUGCAUAAACACUCCAUUUCUGUGGAAGUUUUUUUUAAAAUAGUCGCACGUAGAGGUGAUGAGUGUAGCAGUGGUCGCUCUUGUGUGUUGUGGUCUCCAUUCAUUUCUAUGGGACUUUUAAAAUAGUCCAGCGCACUCGCGUGGCUAUUUUCAGAACUCCCAUAGAAAUGAACGGAGAGCGCGCAUGCGUGAUGCUCUCUCCUUCACUUUCGAGGUCCUUUUCUAGUGAUGCCUCCAUUGGAACCCGCACCUGUCUGACAUUGGAGGCAUAUUCUAGCGGUAUGCCACCAAUGUCUUGAGAUGAAGAAAAAAAAAAAACUUUUUAAAGGGGGUUU